AUGGUGGACGUGGAGCUGUUGGUUUUGGUGGUCGCCGAAGAGGAAGGAGCGACCGGAGCCGAGGGGGCCGGCGGUUGUCUGGAAGUCGAGGUAGCCGACGGCGGAAGACUUGGGCGCUGGCGGAGACACAGCAGCGGUGACGGCAGGUCGCAGCGGCAGUGGGGCAUGGUGGCGGCGGGAUCCCGGCCGGCAAGAAGAGACCUGGGCGCCGCAGAAAGUGCACGAUGUCAAUGGCAGCGGGACUCGGCGGUGGCAUGGGUCACGGUUCCGAUAGCAAGUACAUCCUGCAACACGCGUACUGCAGCAAAUAGCAGUGGAGCAAGCUACUAUGAUCUACCUUCAGAUGGACCUUUCACUAUUUCAAACUCCAGUAGGUUCCUUGUUGUCGGCUGCAAUGCAUUCGGUACCUACAGUUUUGGGGGUUUGGGAGAGUUGGGCUGCGUAUCAAAAUGUGACUCUCAAAAUGACCGACCAUACUGCCGCUACGGUUGUUCCGAAAUUAACCUUUCAAAUAAUCGGCAGUCGAUAAAUUUCACUGGCGGAGGUCUGUUUCCUUUGCUCGAUUCUGCUACCAACAAAUCUUAUAACGAGUGUGGUUUCUCCACCAUAUUCGACCCCUCCACCUUUAAGAUUCUCGACAACAAAUCCAAUAUAUUUUUUGGAAAAGGAAGGCAGGUUUCUUAUGGUCUACGCCUUAACUGGGCGAUCGGCCUUGAGAAUUGUUCCAUGGCCAAAGAAACCACCAAUUAUUCUUGCUCUUCCAAAGCUGAAUGCAUUGACUUCCCUUCCAGAAAAGGAUAUGUAUGCAGAUGUCUUCCUGGAUAUGAAGGAAAUGGUUACUUCAACGGCACAGAUUGUACAGGUGCAAAGGGCUAUGUAGGAGAUGGCUUUCGAAAUGGGACAAGAUGCAUGUACACAAGUUCAAAUCGUGCCGUGUUUCCUGCGAUCAUAGGUAAUGGAAUAUUAUUUGUUUGCCUUUAA